AUGAUCCGAUGGCUCUCUUCUACACUGAACCUGAUCGAGGAUGAACUUCUGACCUUCUACGCUAUUCUUUUGACCAGUGACAACUCCACCGUGCCAGGGCGGCGUCUUCUCCGGUCAGAGGACGAUGAUGUCGGCAACACUGCUGUGAAAGAUGCCAUGUGGAGGAACAGAUUUGAUGAAAUGAUGUCAUGUGUUCAUGUAGUUGAUGACAUGGACAUCACAGCUGAUCCGUUCUUCUUCGAUCAUCUGAAUGACAUCAAAGCAAUCCCCACGGCAGAACAUGUGGCAGUGGAUGAAAUGAUGAUUGAAUAUUUUGGAAGACAUGGCUGCAGUUUAUUCGAGGGAAACCCAUUCGUUUUGAGUAAAACUAUGGAGCUUGGCAUCUUCCUCUGGAUUUGUCCAUCAGAUGAAACCAGCAAAACACGGUUGUCCACCACGACAACCUCUUCGCCACCCUCACUCUAA